CUACGGAGGAGCAGUGCGCAUCGCACCAGGGUUCGUGAAGGAAAGGAGGCGCCAAGGAAAAGUAGCAGUGGGAAUUCGGUCCGUUUUGUGAGGGGGCGGUCGCAUGUAGCGUAAAUUUUGGUCUAAGGCUUUUGAAAAUGCCUAUUUCCCUGCAGUAACAAACGACAACGAUAUAGGCUAUAGAAACUUACUGAAUAAGAGACGGAGCACAUAUUAGACUGCGAGCAACAGAACCACGCACAUCCUUGAUCCUUCCGUUUUGGAUUUAAACUACAGGCAAAUUAAAUUGCUUGACGGAUAUCACAAUAUUUUAAAGCUAUAUGAGGGAACAAACCAAACGAUACUGUAUCGACAUGUGUCGGGGGACAAUGAAUACAACCGAAGAAUACGGCAUCAAAGUGUUCCGAGCCGCACCAUGAAGACCCAGAAGGCUGGGGAUCCCGGGGGCCAGACACCAAGCUCUCCUUCCCCACGCCAACGGAUGGCUGGUUUCAGCCUGCGGGGUCGGAAGAAGGACGGCCUGAUCCGCGGCGAGCUGCGCAUCCACUCCAUGCCAGGAGCCUUCCUGGUGCUGGGGGUCAUCGUGGUGGUGGUGGGCACGGCCCUGGCAGUGGCUGGGUACUGGCCCUACCGGACCCAGCGUUCCCAGCUGCUAGGAGUUGGACAACAAGGCUCUGGUUCUGUAGACGGGGCAGGAGGAGUUAGAGGUGGGGGUGUCUCUGAACCCCAGUCAUCCGGUUGGAACCUGGGGGCUAAGAGCCUCCUGACCACGGCCAGUCUGAUCCACAGUGAGCGGAUGAAGCUCCUGGGACCAGUCAUCAUGGGCGUGGGGCUGUUCAUCCUCAUCUGUGCCAACACGGUGCUGUACGAGAACCGCGACAGAGAGACCCAGAUGCUGCUGGCCCAGAUGCGAAGCGUCAUCUGUUCGGUGUCGGCGGCCGUGCCCUCGGCCGACCUCUCAGACAUGUCAGCAGCCAACUCCAUGGCCAGACACUACCAGUGGGUGAGCAGUCUGCCUGCCACCCACCUUAACAUCCUCUAUCUGCAGCAGCUGGCCAGCUCAGAGCCCCUGCUGCAGACAACCAGAGACAGCAGAGAGGAGGAGGAGAGGGCAACUGACUGUAUGUACCAGCAGGCCACCGUACAGACGGAGGCUCUACACCACCAGGACUCAGCCUCGACCCCUUCCCUCCACUCCUCCCACUCCAACUCAUGUGACUCCAGCAAGAUGGGCUUCAACACGGGGAGGGACGGUGGUGGUGGUGGGCCAAGAGUAGGGGGCUUCAGCCCGGACCCCCAGCCCGCUCACCUCUUUAAGCUCAACAACUGUCUGGUGUCAGCCAGCUCCCUGUCCACUCUGGGAGGGGACGACUGGGAGAGGUCGGAGGUCACAGCCACGCUGCCCAGGCGCUCCCACAGUCUGAGCUACAGGACUAACCCAGGCCCUCAUGGGCCCCAGACUGUAAAAUGCCAACAGGAAGGGGCCAUACGACCCUGGGGACCUGGGGCAGACCCAGAGGGAGUGCGGAGUGAGCCCAGCUCAGACGUGUAUGUGAACAUGGUUGGGUGUGGAGGUGUGGAGCCCCCGGAGCUCACCCCCGUAGAGGAGCAGAGGCACCGCAGCUGGCCCCGGUUAGACCUGGGCUGUGCCCGCAGGUACCUGAAGCUGGACAAUAAGGAGGACUCGGUGGACAGACUACUAGACCAGUUGGAGCAGCAGUGUUCUCAGUGGGAUAACAGUUUCGGCUCAGGGCCUUUCCAGUGAGAGCCAG